CUCUCCUCAAGCCCGCAGUACGUGGCCAAGCAGACAGCAAAGCCAAACCUUCCGCGCAACGCCAAGAGCAACCACCACUUAGCGAUGGAGAGCAGCAGCGCCAGCAACGAGGAGGUGACGGCUGUCCCGGCCUCGUGGAACUUCGAGCCGAACGAGACCCUGCUGGGCCUGAUGGCGCUCUCGGUGCGCGGCGUGCUGGCCAGGAUCAAGGCCGAGAUGGUUGCCGGCGGCGGCGGCGGGAGGCCGGUGAUCCCGAUGGGCCACGGCGACCCGUCGGCGUUCCCGUGCUUCCGGACGGCGCCGGAAGCCGUGGACGCCGUCGCCGGCGCUCUCCAGUCCGGCGAGUACAACUCCUACUCCACUUGCGUCGGCCUUGAGCCCGCACGGAGGUCCGUCGCGCGGUACUUAUCCCGUGACUUGCCAUACGAGCUGUCGCCCGACGACGUCUACCUGACGAACGGCGGCGCUCAGGCGAUCGAGAUAGUGUGCUCCGCGCUGGCUCGUCCGGGCGCCAACAUCUUGCUCCCUAGGCCCGGCUACAAGCUCUACGAGGCGCGCGCCGUGUUCAGCGGGAUGGAGGCCCGGUACUUCGACCUUGUACCCGGCGAAGGCUGGGAGGUCGACACCGACAGUGUCCGAGCUCUCGCCGACAAGAACACGGUUGCCGUCGUCAUCAUCAACCCCGGGAACCCGUGCGGUAACGUCUACUCCUACGAGCACCUGGCCAAGGUUGCUGAGACUGCGCGGAAGCUCGGCGUGUUUGUCGUAGCGGACGAGGCUUACGCGCACUUGACGUUUGGAGAGAGGAGGUUCGUGCCGAUGGGCGUGUUUGGGGCCGUGGCUCCGGUCAUCACGCUGGGGUCCAUUUCGAAGAGGUGGCUGGUGCCCGGCUGGCGGCUCGGGUGGAUCGCUACCAGUGACCCUAGUGGCGUGUUUCAGAGAACCAAGGUAGCCAGCAGCAUCAAGACCUACCAUUACAUCUGCUCUGACCCUACGACGUUUGUUCAGGGAGCGGUUCCAAACCUCCUGGAGAACACAAGCGAGGAGUUCUUCCGAAGAAACAUCAGAACUCUAAAAGAAAGCGCGGACAUGUGCUGGGAGAAGCUGAAGGGCGUCAACGGGAUCGCAUGCCCAAGCAGACCGAUGGGGUCCAUGUUCGUAAUGGUGAAACUGGACCUGUCCUGCCUGCAGGGGAUCGAAGACGACAUGGACUUCUGCUGCCGGCUGGCCAAGGAAGAAUCAGUGGUUGUUCUGCCAGGGCGUGUUGUGGGAUGCGAGGACUGGCUCCGGAUCACCUUCGCCAUCGAUCCGUCCUCUCUCGAAGACGGCCUGGACAGGCUCAGGUCCUUCUGCUCGCGACACAGCAAGCCGGCGGCACAGGGUUCUGCUGCCUCUGUAGUCUAGUAGUGUCUGUUAGAGGAUCUGAAGCGUGUCCAGGACUCCACGUCUUGGAAACAAUGAAGUUUGGGUCAAUAUGAGAACGUAAUAAUAAAGUUGAUUCAGACAAAUGUAAGGGCCCUUGUUUCGUGCAGAUCGCGUUCAAACAUAGAAUUGGAUCUUGAUUCUGUCUGGAUCUAUCA